ACAACUUAUCAUACACAUGCAGAGUAUCAAUCAAUCAAAUUUAAUUUAUAAAUAUCGAACAUAGAAGAAAUAAAGUUAUGUUGAUACUAUAUAUCUAUUAGCAUUCUAAAAAUGACUCUGUAUAAUGUUUUUUCUUUAAGUUUAAUUUUUGCGAUAUUAUUUACGAAAAGUAUUACUAAUGCUAUUGAGAUUCCAGAGAAUUUUCAGAAGUCAAAUCACACAAAUAAUUGGGCUGUAUUAGUUGAUACAUCGAGAUUUUGGUUCAAUUAUCGUCAUGUAGCUAACGUGCUGUCGAUAUACCGAAGUGUAAAGCGAUUGGGUAUUCCAGACAGCCAAAUUAUACUCAUGAUAUCCGACGACAUGGCCUGUAAUCCGAGAAAUCCCCGUCCAGCUACUAUAUUUAAUAAUGCACAUGAACAAAUUAAUGUUUAUGGUGAUGAUGUUGAAGUUGAUUACAGAGGAUAUGAAGUUUCAGUUGAAAACUUUGUUCGUCUUCUCACCGGACGAGUACCUCCAGACACACCAAGAUCUAAGCGUCUUCUUACCGAUGAAGGAAGUAACAUUCUUAUCUACCUCACAGGACAUGGUGGAGAUGGCUUCUUAAAAUUUCAAGAUUCGGAAGAAAUUACCAGUCAGGAGCUAGCUGACGCUCUUGAACAAAUGUGGCAAAAACGAAGAUAUAAUGAAAUAUUUUUCAUAAUAGACACUUGUCAAGCAUCGUCUAUGUAUGAGAAGUUUUACUCCCCAAAUAUACUAGCGACAGCCAGCAGUCUUGUCGGUGAAGACUCACUCUCACAUCAUGUCGACUCAGCAAUAGGAGUGUACAUAAUUGAUAGAUACACAUAUUAUGUGCUGGAAUUUCUAGAAAAUGUACAUCCCAACAGUAAGAAGACUAUGUCAGAAUUUCUUGCUGUGUGCCCAAAGAGUGCCUGUUUAUCAACAGUGGGUGUUCGAAGAGAUCUCUUCAAACGAGACCCAAGCAAAGUUCCCAUCACAGAUUUCUUUGGAUCUGUCAGACCAGUUAUUAUCACCACAGAUCCAAUUGAUAUUCAAGAAGUACCAAAGAGAAAAAAAUUACAAUCAAUAAACAAAAACAAACUGUCACAGAGGAAGGAAUACUUACCACAAUUUCCAAUGCAUUUAGUACCAACUACUGUAUAAAUAAUUAUUAGUGUAAUAUUUAUAUUAUAAAUAAUAAAACUUUCUUAAAAUA